CAGAUGUCAGGUGUCUCUGCAUACCGGGGCAAUGUUGGCAGCUACUGUUCCGAUUGUUCUUGACAGUUGAUCGGCACAGACAUGUCGACGUGGCGUAGACUGUCGGCAAAGCUGCGCACUUUUCCACGGGUUGCCACCUCCAGACAACCGGUCUCACGUCUAGCAUGUUCCCGCAGCCUGAGCACCGGAGCCCGGCUGCGACGCGACUUCUUCAAAGAUCUGGAGGAGCAACUGACCACCGCGAAGCAGCGUGCAGUGGAUGCUCUUCCGGGGAGCGACUGGAGCCCCUUGCCGACCACCGGGGAGCUUCCGCCGGAGAGAGCCGAUAUCGUGAUCGUGGGCGGCGGCGUGGUCGGCUGGUCCAUCGCCUACUGGCUGAAGAGGAAGGAACGAAACAAGGAUGGAAUGAAGAUCGUAGUUGUGGAGAAGGACCCCACGUAUUCACAGGCUUCAACGGUUCUGUCUGCUGGUGGGAUCCGUCAACAGUUCUCUCUGCCGGAGAACAUCUGCUUGUCUGUGGCGUCGGCUGAUUUUCUCAGGAACAUCAAUGAGCACCUUGGCAUUCUGAACGAAGAUGCAGUGGACCUUCAAUUCAACCAGUCGGGCUACUUGUUCCUGGCCACCGAGGACGUCGCUCACAUCAUGGAGGAGAACCACCGGACACAGAGGUCCAACGGAGCUCAAGUGUCUCUUCUUUCGCCGACACAGCUGAAGGAAAAGUUCCCCUGGAUCAACACGGAGGGCGUUGUGCUCGCCUCCUACGGCCUGGAGAAUGAGGGCUGGUUCGACCCGUGGACGCUGCUCAAUGCCUUCAGGAGGAAAGCUGCCUCUAUGGGAGUCAUCCAGUGCCGCGGGGAAGUCACCGAUUUCAGAUACGCCACCAAAACAGUCCAGACUACAGACGGAGACGAAGUGAACCUGAGGAGGAUCAAACACGUCAAUGUCCGGAUGCCCAACAGUCGAGAGUUCCAACCAGUGGAAUGUGCCAUCGUGGUGAACGCAGCUGGAGCGUUUUCCGGAAAGCUGAUGGAGAUGUUGGGAUUUGGUAGUGACAAGAACGCGCCUGGUGAAUUCCUCCUGCCAGUACAACCAAGGAAGAGGUUUGUGUAUGUGCUCCACUGCCCAGACGGGCCGGGUCUGGACACUCCAUUCCUCAUCGACUACUCUGGAGCUUACUUCAGACGUGAAGGUCUCGGCGGAAACUAUAUUGCCGGAGCGUCACCAGAAGAAGAAGAUGAACCAGACACCAGCAACUUGGAAGUGGACCAUGAGUUCUUUGUGGAGAAGGUUUGGCCCAGGUUGGCGGCGAGAGUCCCGGCGUUUGAGAAACUCAAGGUGACCAGCGCGUGGGCGGGCUUCUACGACUACAACACCUUCGACCAGAACGGAAUCAUCGGCAUGCACCCCCUCAUCACCAACAUGUACUUUGCCACUGGCUUCAGCGGGCACGGCCUGCAGCACUCGCCCGCCGUGGGCCGAGCCGUGGCGGAGUUGAUCCUGGACGCUGGGUUCAAGACCCUGGACUUGAGCGGGUUUGGGUUCACGAGGAUCGUGAAGCAGGAGCCCAUGCUGGAGCGGAACAUUGUGUAGGAAAGUCGUGAGAAUGGCAGAGGUCCGGAUGAACUGAAAAUUCCCACCACCCUCUGAGGUGUUGUUGCGAAGCUGUACUUCUUAUUCACUAAACUUUUAGUUUUUAUUAUACGUUUUUAUUCCACAUUGUUGUCUGUGUCUCAGUUCGGGGGGAUCAGUCGCUCUUUUCUAAAUGUGAAAGGAAGCACACACAUGUUAAAAGGAGCCCUAAUGUGCUUCUCAUGUCACAUUACUGGAAUGAAAAAUAGGCACUAUAUGCUUUUGUUUCACCCAAUCUGUUUGAACUACAAUAUUUCUGGCAUCAGGAAACACAAGCACGAAGGAUCAAUGACGCACCAACCGAUGAAGACUCCACUGCUGCGCGACAUUCUCGAAGGGACGACAGUAAAGUGGCUUAUGAUCUGUCCAGUUACACUGAGAGUUAAGAAAACAGUUUUCUCAAAAUUCCCGUUUCAAACAGUGCAAAAGUGAAGUCGUGCCUUGCUU